CUGAGUGAAGGGAUAAAGUAAGAACAAUUCUAUAACUUUCUUUGCGUCACUUAAAAUAUGGAUUUUACAUUCCAUCUCUUCAUGCUGUCCUUCUCGGUUUCAGGCGCCAUCCUAACUGGACCUGCUGUCAUAAAUGGAUCAGUGGGACAAUCCAUUAUCAUCAGGUGUAAAUACAACAAACAUUACAGCAGUUCUCCAAAGUACUGGUGCAAAGGUGACAACAGGGAAGACUGCGUAAUUUUAGUCAAAACCCAACAUUCGAGGAAGACAAAUUCUGAUGGAAGAAUAACCAUAGAAACUGACAAUGACGCAGGAGAAUUCUUAGUCAUGAUGGACCGCUUAACAAAGAAUGACCAAGGCAUGUACUGGUGUGGAAUUGCAAGGUUUUUGUGGGACUUGUUGAGUCCUGUGGAACUUAAUGUUAUUGAAGAUCCCAAGGUAUCUCUUUCAGGCUCGCCAGCAGAAGAGGAAGUUCUGAGGCAAAAUUCUAUGUGUUAUUUUAUCUGGAGCAUUUUACGUUGGUUUUUCUUUGCCAUUCUCCUCAUCUGGGCCAUUUUAAUCAAACUGAAAAUAUAGAUGAUGAAAUACUGGACAAUAGGAUUUGUAACUUCAGCUGACUGUAUUAUCAGGACCCUCAGUGCUUUAAAGUGUGGCCUGGCAAUUGAACAACAAAACCAUUUUCGCCAUUUGCCACAUGUAUGGAUGGACUCACUGGGUAAUAUUAUGUAAUAACCCUGCUGUGUUCUUUCAAAAUCAUUCAUUCUUUUCAAGGACCAAGAUAACCAAGUGCAGGGUAAACACUGCAUAUAGGUCCAGUUGCUGUAUAAUUUGAAAAUACCAACAAGGUUAGGUCAACCCUCAGUGAUAGAGGAGAGCUGAGUAGUUCCAACAAAGCCAGAAGGUGGAACAUUGAAAAAAUUACUUGGAUCUCCACAAAUUUAAGGGGAAACUUCUCUUCCCACAGCUAUUCGAUGGCAGAGAUUCAUUUGAGUGAUGGAUUUCUGCAGUAGUGCCUGAACUACAGUCCCAUGUUUCAAUUUCCAUUAAUGAAUGGAUGUAUGAGGUCUUACACGAAUGACGAUUUCUAAGCUUGUAAGUUUAAAUGGAGGCGACAACACUAAUGACCAUCAUUAGUUUAUACACAAUAAAGACGGAUAGAUUAAUAAUGGAUGUUUGUCAAAGCAUCAAUUCUUCAUC